GAUUCCUUCUUCUCACCUCAUAAUAUUAAGCACCAGAAAAGACACAAAUUGACCAAGAAUAGUGAGAGCUCAAGAACUGAAGAAAGUGGGGUGAAGCUAGAACCAGAAAACAAAAUCCAUCUUUCAUCAACAAUUAAAGAAAGUAUGUUCGGGGUUGGAUUAAGAAAACAUGUUACCUUUACAAGAGCUUUGGUUUCUCCAAGCUGCUUCAAGAUGGGGUAUUCAUCCCAGAGUGGAAGACUUGAAGGAAAGGUGGCACUGAUUACAGGAGCAGCAAGUGGUAUAGGAAAGGCAACUGCAUCAAAAUUCAUCAGCAAUGGUGCCAAGGUUGUUCUUGCAGAUAUCCAACACCAGCUUGGCCAAGAUGCAGCAAAGGAGCUUGGUCCUAAUGCCAGCUUCAUUGCCUGUGAUGUCACAAAAGAAUCCGACAUUUCCAAUGCUGUAGAUUUCACCAUCUCUAAGCACAGCCAGCUUGAUAUUAUGCACAGCAAUGCAGGUGUAGCUUGUAAAUCUCCUCCAAGCAUUGUGGACCUUGACCUGGCAGUGUUUGAUCGUGUCAUGAACAUCAACGUGCGAGGAGUCCUGGCAGGAAUUAAGCACGCUUCACGUGUGAUGAUCCCGCGCAAAACUGGCUCAAUUCUCUGCACAGCCAGCGUCACAGGACUAAUGGGAGGACUAGCACAGCACACCUAUUCUCUGUCCAAGUUUGCUGUAAUAGGCAUUGUCAAGUCUCUGGCUGCAGAGCUACGCCAGCAUGGGAUCCGGGUCAAUUGCAUAUCCCCAUUUGCCAUUCCAACCCCAUUUGUAAUCGAAGAAAUGAGUCAGAUUUAUCCAGGAGCUGAUGAAGAGAAGUUAAUUGAAAUUAUACAUCGCUCUGGGGCCUUAGAAGGAGCAAACUGUGAACCCAAUGACAUUGCCAAUGCUGCACUUUACCUAGCUUCAGCUGAUGCUAAAUAUGUUAGUGGCCAUAAUUUGGUUGUAGAUGGAGGUUUUACAUCUUUCAAGACUUUUAGUUUCCCUGCACCAGAUCAGGUGCUUUAAGCACUCCAUGUCAAUUCUUGUAAUGCAAAGAUCAAAGUUCCCAAUUCAAACCACUUUCUAGUU